CCUAACCUGAAAGCUUCACCACUUUGGCAACCGCUCACAGCGCGCCCCUCCCCGCCCAAUACUCUGCAUCGAAAUCCAAAUGAAUCAAGUAAAAAUGUACAAAACGCGAUAAAACUCGCGAUUCUAAAGAUUUUUAAAACCCCAUUUAAUCUCCGACCGAGUUUCGAGGAUGGCGAGACACCACACGAAGUGUACGAUCUGUCGGAUUUUUGGGAUGCUCGAAAAAAACAAGAAAUCACGAGUAGGUCGUCUCGUCUGCAAUCUCUGCGAUCACCAUCUCAUGGGCAGUUCCGUAUACGUUAUAACAAUCGGCUUGAUUGGGACCUUCAUCACUGCUUACGAUAUUAUUCGAAUGAUGAAAUACAAAAUACCGGUGAGAAGAACUGCUUGCGCGGCACGAACAAGGGCCGGCGAAGCGGUGCCACGAGACGUCGAACGCGAUCUGAAACUCAUGACCUCGAUUCUCGGCAUCGAACAUUACACGCUGAUCACGAUCGGGGCAAUUACGGAAUUUCCAAUGCUGCACACUCCAUGGUUGCUGAUGCAGCUUUGCGUUAUAAUAGUGGAAGUUGUUCUUUUUGUUAUGAGACUAUUUCUCGUGGGGCUUCACAUGAAACGCAACGAGAUACUGAGCGCGAUGAUCGCGGUGUUCAAUUGGCUGCAAGUUUUUUGUCUCUUUCAUCGACAGUCUCGCAGUCCCGUGCAGUGAGAUUGGAUGUUUUUCUUUUUCUUAUAUCGCGAAUGAAAUCUUCGUUAAUAACAAAGUGCGCGAAAAAAUGUUCCGAAAUGAUGUAUCUAUCAAUAAAUGUAUGAAAAAUUUA